UGUACUACUUCCGGAAACAAAUGGAAGGAAACUGGAAAGCUUUGGCAAGAACAACCUAACUUUUCUUGUUUGGGGCCAACAAGUGCAAGUCAGGAAGAACGUUUCUUAGUUAUUUACCAUUACUUUUAUUGUUCCAGUCAAUAUUCCAGCGUCAGCAAGUGUGCAUUAGAGAUCUUGUGUUCUUACAAGUGACGCAGUUCAGCUUACUAGUCCGCGAAAUGAAUAAAUAGGCUUGAAUCUUGUGGGAGAAAACUGAAAACUCGCGGGGCGAGCUGACAGCAGGAGAUCUUCAGAGGAAGAACCCCCUCAGCCUCAAGUCUCAAGCAAGCAAGUGUUUCGGCCCUAAUUUCCUGACACUCUACGGGGGCCGGGCCACACCCAGGUCAUGACUCCUGAGUGCUCUCCUGCUGUUCUGUUUGUUUGUUUUCUGUUUUCUUUGCGCUGAUCGUGUGAGAUGAACCUUCGAGUUUUGGGGUAUUUCCGGGUCUUCAGUUCGUGCAGUGCCACAGCGCCUCCAGCGGAAAAUAGCAAAUGUGAAGCUAUACAAAAAUCUACAAUACUUUCCUAUCUGCUGUCUGUUCUAUUUGGCCCAGCUAGCUUGCCAUAUUAAUUGCACAUAGAAUCUAAAUAAUAGAAAAUGGAUAUCAAUCUUGCAGACCCGUUCUCUCAUGCCACAGUUGAAAUAUCAAAUGAUUAUAUCAACACAUUCCCACAUCCUCAAGGUUUGAUGACUUACUUACACCGUUUAUUUGUACAGCUGGAUGUUGAAAUUUUGUCACUUCAGAAACCUGUGACAGUUAAAGCUACAUGGACAACUGUUACGAAGAUUGACUCGUUUCUGAAAACUUUGAUUUCUACUCUUCAUAGGGCUAUUGCCAAUGGCCAUGUCCCAAGUGAGGAAGAUUUUUCUGCUGCCUUUACACAUUUUGAAGAAGUUACUCAUGGAGUCGGUAGUGUUGAAGGUGAAGAUGACUAUGGUCAGCCAAUAGAGGAUGUCAAUGUCAAUGAUAAAACGUGCGAUGGAGACAGAAGAAUAUUUGUUGAUAAUGGUGACAGGCCUGUAGAAGUUGAGGAAUCAUUUGAUUUGGCUGUGGAUGACUUAAAAGAAAUUCAGGCUGGGGAGGACCCUGAUAUUAAACCUCUUGAUAAGUGGUAUUUUAAUUCAAGUCUACGAGGACAGCCCCAGUCUCGGAAGGACGUCAUACAUGGGAAGACUCCACCUGAGCCCUUUGUGAUUCUGCAAGCUCCUACAAUUACUGAUUCAAGUAAAUCAAAUGUCACCUCCCAACCUGCUGUGAGUGAAGUAGAACAAGUUCUUUUGCAAGUUUACAAAAAAGAGACAAUUAAAAAAUUCCAUAAAAGGCAUGCAAAUCACCAGACUAAUGUAGUAGUGGCUGAGGAAAAAAGGGAACCGUUGCCACCGUUACAACCAAAUCAUGAAGUGUUUAUUGAUGUUGAUGAUACUCUAAUGAAUAAAUGUGGCAAAAGAAAGAAAAGUGUUUCCAGUGUAGAUCAUAAACAUAAAAGGGAGACAUCUAAGAGAAACUCUAAAAUAGUUUGUCAUGAUAAAGUUUCACAAGCAUCUGACAGCGGUGAGCCCAACAAUGGAAUUGAACAAACUGAUGAGGUUUGUACAAGACGACGGUCUAAGAGAAAUCACUCAUUGAAGAUAAAAGAAUCUGAAAAGCCCUCAGUUAGCAGUGAGUUGGACAUUCGCAAAGAUCGUUCAACAAAAUCUGGGUCUAACCUAGGAAGUCUUCGUUCAUGUAUGAAAAAAGAGAUUCCAAAACCUUCAAGUAAAAGAAUUAAUGUUAAGCUAGAUAAAGGAACCAAAGCUCAAAUCGUUAAAAGAAAGAAAAAUCGUAAUGGCAAGAACGAAAACGCAUCGAUUAAAAAUUCAGAAAGGGCACAUGUAAGUAAACAUUCAUCAAACAAGAAAGUGAAGAGUGAGCAAGAUGAGACAGAGUAUGAGUGUGGAGAGUGCCCUUAUGUGACUAAUCGACAUUUUCAACUCUUAGCCCACAGACAACGAGUUCAUCUGACUAAACGUUUCAAAUGUGAAGACUGUGACAAGGAAUUUGGGUUUCAGAAAGACCUACGGCGUCAUCUGAAGUGUCAUACCAAAGCUGAGAAUUGCUGUGAUGUGUGUGGCAAAAUGUACAAGGAGAAAAGAAAACUGCUAGAGCAUAAAAAGUGCCAUGCUGCAGAUUACAUCAAACCGAGGUUCCCUUGCAAAUUUUGUUCAAAGUCAUUUAGUACAAAAUAUGUUCUUGCAUAUCACGUGAAGUCUGAGCAUUUAGGAAUGAAACGAACCUAUAUGUGCCCGACAUGUGGAAGUACUUUCUCUCAGAAAAGCUCAUACCAACAGCAUGCUAAUGUUCACUUAGGAAUCAAGCCAUUUACCUGUGAAAUUUGUAAUAAAAGUUUUUCAUACGAAAAAUCUCUGAAGGAGCACAAAUUUAUGCACAACGAGAAGAAGCUUUUCAUCUGUAAAAUCUGUAACAAGUCCUUCAAACAAGCCUCUGGACUUACAUUUCACAUGAAGAUUCAUAAAGAAACGAAAGAUUAUAUUUGUUCAAACUGCGGCAGAGGCUUCAGUCAGCGACAAGCGUUGAUUCGGCAUGAGCGGAUACAUGAUGGUGUGAAGCCGUACAAAUGCCUACUGUGUGACAGAAAUUUUGCAGAUGCUUCUGUUCUUCGGCGUCACAUGAUUCUGCUUCACAAAAGAAACCCAAAAGAUUGGAAGGGGGACACAAUUUGGCAAGUACCAAGACGAAAAGAUUAUUUCAUCGCUGUAGUAAAUGGGAACGAAACCUCAUCACAGACUUUAGAUUCUGUCUCCGAGGACAGUUCAGCCCCCUUCACCGACUGCUCUCAGACCAAAAAUACCCCACAAAUACCUGAUCUGCUUUCACAUGAAGCUAGAGUCUUCUCUAACGAGACCCUGAAGUCUCCACCAGCUGUCAUUGUUCAAACCUCAUCCCCUGCUGGUGAAAAUCUUCCUUCAGAGACAAAUCCGUCCGUUGUCCCACAUCAUGUGACAGACAAAGGAAUUCCUGCUCGACUUCCCGACGUGAAGACCUUUGUAACACAAGGAGGUCACACUGUGAGUGAAGUUCACCUUCCCGUCACACACUACAAGAGCGACCAUGUUAUACCAGCGUAUCAUGUUGCACCCUCCGCCAGCCACCCUCCUAAUGCCCCUCCAACCAUCGACAGUCUUCCCGAGCCACUGGACAACAAUGAGGUGGCUUUCACCACAGUGCCGGCCGUUCUGCCUGUUGGCAUCUCUUCAUCGACACCGGUGCCGACCGCCAGCAGCACAGCAGGUGCUGUGUUACCCAUAGGCUAUCAUCAGCACAACGCCUACAUCCUACAGGACCCCCAGACACUGCCCUCCUCUGACCUGCACCAGCUCCAGUACUCAACUGUGAUGACAUCCGAGUCGUAUGCCCAGGCUAUCGUCAUGUUUCCUAACCACAUGAGCCCCCUCGCUGCAUACCAGCAGCCCAGCAUUAACAUUUCAGUAACAGCGAAUGAUCGCGAUCUGGAACAGUUGCAAAUGGGUCAUCUGAACCAGGCUGCACAGAUUAAUGUGUCUUCCUCCUCAGCCCCCCAACUAACAGAACUUCCUUCUCACAUGCAUCAGAUACCUGUGUCCUUGUCAUCUGCCUAUGACAAAACUUUCUCCUCAGAUCAGCAGUAAUCUCAUCGUCCGUCUGACGGAAAAAUCGUCUGUUCAUCUUUAGUUAUUUUUAAAGCUCAGGGAAGGAAUUGGUUGUUCUUCCAUCUGAAGUGCAAUUUUGUGAAGAAGUCUGUUUGCCUGCCAGAGUUGUCCUUUCUUCUCAGACAGGCUGCUUUCAGGGAUUUCUCUACUAUGUUAAUCAUGUUUGAUUUCAUGAUAUUGAUAUUAAAAUGAAAUGCUUUAUUUUCAUAGCUAGCUCCACUGGCAUACAUCUGUGAUGGGUUACCGUUAUUCUUGAAAAUUAUUUUUAGCCUUGUCUUAGUAUUUAGAUUAUAAAAUUUUUAUGAUGUAAAAAAAUGUUUUUUGUCACUACCACCACCAUAUUGCACAUUAGACAGCGAAAAUGGUUCAAGUUUGUGCUGCAAUCAGAGAUGACGUCUGUUGGUCAUAUAUGGUCAGUAUUAACAGAUGGGUGGCACAUGUUCUACUGUGGUACAGAGAUCUAUUUCAUUUUAAAAGGAAAAACAGUUUUUGUGGGCAGAAGCAUUUUAAAAACAUUGCCUCAGAAUUAUAUCGUAUGCAGCCCCAUAAAUCUUUAUAAGCAGACCAUUUCUUAAAUUGGUCAACUAUCGUUCUGAAUUAUGAUGCGGAUAUCUCUGAUUCCAAUAUUUUAUUUCUUAAUGAAACCUAUAGUACUAUACUGUAGGCCUACCCUACAUUGCCAUAUAUAAUUAUACUAUAGUAUUGACAGUAUAGAGAAUCUUGCACUUACUUACAGUUCAGCAAAAUGAUGUCAAUUUUUAAAAAUUGUUUCUUGUAAAAGUACAAAACUUGAGCAUGAGCUGUAUAGUGUAGCUGUUUUUGGUUAGAAAUCAGAAAUUGGAGUCUGUCGGAGCAGCACCUUAAUUAAUUGAUAUGGUAUAGAUCUAUAUAAGGUCGCUUUCACUUUUAAGGACAAGCGGGCUAACCCAGAUUUCGGGGGUUUUCAGAAAUCUUGACCUACACCCAAAGUGGGCAUUUUCCUACCUAUUGUCCUAUAGGAGAAGUUUGGUUUCAUCGGCAUAUUUGUUUGGCUAUAGAGAAAACUCUCCUUGUCUUUUAAAGAAAC